AUGGCUUUCACGAGCGAUCUGCUAUGUAUUCUCAAGAGGAAGCUAGAUGAACAUAUCAGUGAGUGUACUAGUUCUGAUGGAAACGGACCUUAUCUCAAUGCAGUCAUUGCAGGUGUAAGUACAAACAAAGAAACAGUUUAUUUCAAAUCAGCAGGAGUACGAAACAUUGAGACUGGGGAACCUGUAAAGGAUGACGACAUAUUUGCUCUAUUCUCUUGUACUAAAGCAAUAACCUCUAUGGGGUUGUUUAAGUUGUAUGAAGAAAACAAGGUAGAUCUUGAUAGACCUGUAAAAGAGUAUCUCCCAGAAAUUGUUGAUUUCAAAGUAAUUGAGAAGGGACUGGUUAAUUACGACGGAUCGUACAAGACGAUUCCUAAAGAGAGUACCACAGAUAUCACUAUUAAGCAUUUACUCCUUCAUACUUCAGGAUUUUCAUAUGGCAUGCUGGAUGCAGAUUACGUUAAAUUGGCAUCUAAAAUCCGGCCCAAUGUAGAUAUUGCCACUGAAGCUUUCCUAUUCCCGUCAAGGGCUUUGUUUACACCCGAGACAAUGCCAUUGAAGUUUGAUCCUGGCUCUAAUUGGCUCUAUGGUCAUAGUACCGAUUUUCUAGGAUUAGUUAUCGAAAAGAUAACUGGAAAAUUUUUAGGCGAGUAUUUAAAGGAGGUUAUAUUCGAUCCAGCGGGUAUGACGAGCUGCACAUUUCAUAUUCGAGACCCAAGCAACAUAAUAAAAACUCAUACCCUCGGGGAUGAUGGGUCACUAUCCCUUCAUGGAGAAUGGAUUAUCAAUCUAGAUCCAGAAAUUGAUAUGGGUGGUCAUGGCUGCUUUUCUAAUGCGGAAGAUUACUUGAAGUUCAUGAGAAUCUUUUUGCUGGGUGGUUUGUCUCCAGACACUGGUGAAAGAAUCUUGAAGAAAGAAACUAUAGAAUACAUGGUGCAAAAUCAUCUCCCAACUGGCCUUUUCUUACCUGACGAUGCGAAUUCAUUUCCGAUUGAGCGAGAUGGAAUUCCCCCUGACGGCUUUACUCUCUCUGGACAUGCCUUCGGUUUUUGUGAAUUGACGACACGUAGGCCAGAGGAAUCUCUCAGCUGGGGUGGUUUGCCCAACAUUUUUUACUGGAUGGACUUAAAGAAUGGAAUAGCUGGAUUUUGGGGAUCUCAGAUUAUUCCUAUGGGCCACAUAACAUGUGCUAAGAUGUAUGAAAAGUUCGAAUCUUAUGUCUACGAGUUUUGCUCCUGUUAA